AUGGCCAGCGAAGAUGAUGUGGAAAAAAGGGUUAGACGUCAAACUAUUGCAGUGGCUUCUGCUGUCACGAUUGGUACUAAUAAUUUGCGUACAUCACACAUAGAAUGUACAAAUAAUAAUCCUGCAUUCAUAGCUAACUAUGUCGAAAAUAAACUUCAAGAAUUCACUUUUAUUGUUUGUGGUGCUCCACGAACAGGUAAAAGUACAUUAAUCAAUGCCAUCACUGGCAAACAAUUGGCUCGAACCGGCCCAGGUCUAGCUCUUAUAACACAAGAAUCAGAAUGUUAUGAGCUCAAAGAUACUUUUCCGGAAAUCACUGAUAGACAAACAAGUGAGAGAUGUGUCGAUGCUCAACGAUUUCGAAUUAAAAUUUGGGAUACAAAAGGAAUACAAAAAUGGGAUUCAUCCAUCAUUGAUAUUGUUAGACAAAAAAAUCCAAUGUGUGUUAUAUUAUGUGCAUCUCCAGGUUCGUUUGCUAACGAUGAAUUUAUUCGUGGAUUAAUUAGUGAAUGUGUUCAUCUCAAUAUCUUCAUUGCACUUGUUUGUACAAAUCAAUGGAAUGGUGGUGACGACAAACGAAAAGCAGUCAUGCAAGACUUUCAUAAUUUAUUAAAGAAUUACAAUCAAAAGACUUAUGAGGAAAAUGGUAUUCAAUAUUAUGGUAAUAUUGCACUGACAGCAAUGGUAAAUAGUGUUGAGUAUAUUAACCGACGACUUGAUAUAGAGAAACCAAAAAGUGGUAUUGGUACUUUACUUUUUGGCAUUAUGAAGUCAUUAAAUAGUGAUAAAUUAUUGGGAUGGUGCUAUACACUGAUGGAAAAUGAUGGAUUUUGAGUGCAAUUCAGAUUUCAAAUUAAUAAAAAAGGAUGGAUAUUAUCAACAUCGAUUGAUAUUAUUGAUCCUUAUGCUAGUAAAUAUGAUUCUCACGAACAAGUUGGUUUUAUAACGAUUACUGAUGGAAAAAAAAUAUAUGACGAAGAAUUUAAAUGGCAAUAUUAUCAUAUUCAAUUACCAGAGAAUAACGAAUUAGUUUUUUAUGAAUUAUAUGUUGCUGAUUUUUCUCCUAGUGGACAAUUUUCAGAUGUUAUUGAUAAAUUAGAUUAUUUAUCAGAUUUAGGUAUUAAUGCUAUCGAAUUAAUACCAAUUAUGGGAUCACAAGGAAAAGAACAUGAUUGGGGUUAUUUACCACGUCAUUUCUUUUGUCUUGAAUCAGCAUUCGAUUCUAUUAAUGAUUUAAAAUUACUUGUUGAUAAAUGUCAUCAAAGAAAAAUUCGUGUUUUUCUUGAUUGUGUAUUUAAUCAUUCAGCUUGCUCUUAUUGA